AUGGCUCGUGUCCUCUCCAUUGUUGCAUUGGGCCUGUUUUGCAGCCUUCCAUCCACUUUGGCUGUUAGAACAAAACUUACCGGUGAGCAGAAUGAAGAGGAAUUUAUUGCUUUCCGUUUGCUUAAGGCGAGCAAUGGAGUCUCGAAUUACCUUGGUAGGGUCAUUCAUGACUCUCCUGGCCAAGAUUUGUUCGUGUUUCCGACUCCCCACACAACAGUGGACCACCAUGGAGUUCAUGAGGAGGAUGACAACUCGAACUCGGAAGUGGCAUUUGACGGGGACGGGUCCGUCGAAGAGAGCAGUUUGUCGAGCAAACCGGAAUUUAUCGAGGCCAACUGUGGAAUAUUGACCGUGCUUGGCGGGCUUGCGAUCGAUGAGUCAGUCAAGGUAACGGCCAAUGGGUGGGAAAAUGAGACGUUGGACUUCAUUGUUUACCUCGUCAGCGAUGAUACUUCAAGUUCUGCCCAGUCAAGACUUGCCAAGUCCAAUACUGUACAACAAGUCUCGGAGGAAAGCGAAGAUGAGCAUGUUGCUGAGCCUAUACUCGCCGUGCGUAUUCCCGGUGUCCAAGGCGAUAAAGAAAAAUCUAAUGAGGGACCCGCUGUCUUACUAUAUCAGAGCGACCCCUCGAACCCUACGGAGAUUCCCUUGGAUACUCCAGCAGGCCCCACUACACCGUUCAUGAUUAUACUCAAACAGUUGUCCUACACAGAAAUGCAGGUUACAGUUUACACGUGGAUCUCUGGGAGGGUUUCGAGGAGAAGUGCCACCGGUCGGUGGCACUCAACUGCUGUCAAUGCGGGCACCGGUAUGCAAGCGCGAAACUUCCGGCUUCACGUGAAUAACAGCGCACCUAAGGCUCUCAGGGUUUAUGGCCCCCGUUCCGGUAAUUGGCUGACUGCCGAAGAGGGCACAUGUGACCAAGUUGACCCUCCCUUGGUAGAAGUCGUUCCAUCGACUGAAGCGGAGCCUGAAGUUGUGCUUGAAGCGGAGCCUGAAGUUGCGGCCGAGGCGGAGCUCCUGGCGAAAGCGCAUGUAGCAACUUCUGCCAGCCAAGAGGAGCCAUAA